GGUUAGGGAAAGUGAACGAGAGGUGCAAGUGCCCUUCCUUGAGAUGCAAGAGCUACUAAUGCCGACCCUCGGAAAUCUGGUCGCGUCUUGCGUGCUUUUGAGCAUAGCAGGAUUAACUGCUGCACAAUUUCCAUAUUUCGGAAAAUGUCCUUCCCCGAAAGUGCAAGAAAACUUUGACAUGGAAAAGUUUAAAGGCAAAUGGUACGAAAUAGAGAGAACCUUUUCUUUCCUACAAAUUGGAGCUAUUUGCACGUCCAAAACGUACAACGACUCUGGAUAUGAAGAUGGUUCUAUAGAAGUGGUUUACGAAGGAAAAUCACCGCUCUUCAAACUUAACAAGAGUAUGAGGUUGAUAGCAACAGUUCCUGAUACCAACGACACUGCCAAGAUGGUCUUAAGACUGCCAGAUUUAUCUUUGCAUGGACAAUAUUGGGUUCUUUCCACUGAUUACGACAACUAUGCACUUGUGUGGUCCUGCAAUCACGUAUGGCUUACCUUCCGCCACAUGAGAACUGAAAACUUAUGGAUUCUUUCUAGAGAUAGGUAUAUGACAGAGGACACAGAAUCCAAAGUUCAUAAACUUCUCGAAGAAGCAGAAGAUAUAAAAGUCAAGAAGCUGUUGAGGCAUGUUAAACAAUCUAAUUGUGAUUAAGAAAAAAAAUGAAAUUGACAUAUGACUAUUUUUUUGAAUUCAAGUUUCUCACAUGAAACAGUGCCAAUGAAAAAAGAAACUAAUAAA